CAAAAACAGCGCAACCGCCCUGGCAGAACGAGCGCCAGAUCCUGUGGCUUUCGACAUCAACAACGCACAUCAUGAGUGAACUGGCGGCGCAGUUGCAAGCGCUGGGUAUUCGCAUCGAACCCACAGAUGCAGUGUUCCGUACAGGCAGCGACAUGCACGACUACGCCCAGGGUUUCCAGUCGUGCAUCCCGCAGGAAGUGCACUUCAUGAACGCCGAGCUUCGGAAUUGCCACAUCAUGGGCGUGGGUGUGUUUCCGUGCUUGUUCUCUGGAUCGGGUCACGUGUAUGAGUUUGUGCGGACACUGCGCAAGUGCAUCUACGGCAAGGUCAAGCACGCCGUGCAGCUGCGAUUGCAUCCGAACGGGAACGGCACGUUCGUGCGGACGAACGUCGAGGUGGCCAUCAAAGUCAUGAGCAAAGCCAUCAUCCAACAAGGGAAUCUGCAGGAAAACCCUCUUGUCGAGCUCGCCACGCAGCAGUACCUGUCCACACCAGGCCAUCCCCACGUCCUCACCUUGAUUGAAUGUCUGCACGACCCCGAGUUUAUCUACGCAGUGCUGCCGUUCUGCCGGGGCGGCGAACUGUUUUCCCUCGUUGAAACAGGCGGCGCCAUGGACGAAGGCGAGUGCCGCCGCUGGUUUACCCAAGUGCUCCGAGGGGUCGCGUACCUGCAAAGCCGAUACAUUUGCCACCGCGACAUGUCAUUAGAAAACGUUUUGCUCGAUGGCAACACGUCCAAGAUCAUCGACUUUGGGCUGUGUGUGGGCAUUCCAGUGGAUGCAAACGGCAUGACAUACGCGUUGCCGCCGUCUGGGGCUGUGGGGAAGAUCUUUUACAUGCCUCCAGAGGUAUUCGAUUAGGAUGUAGAUAUAUAAACCCGACCGUCAUCUUGGCUAGAUCUACCGCAACCAAGUGCCGUUCAACGGGUUCGCGGCCGACAUUUGGUCGAUGGGGGUGAUGCUAUUCAUCAUGGUCACAGGCGCCCCGCCGUUCGAACGGCCAGACGACAUGGAUCCGCGCUUCCAAAUGAUCGCCACGGGCCGCAUGAACGAAAUGCUCGACAGCUGGGGCAUGACUCACGUGAGUUCGGCCGUUCGAGAUCUCCUCAAUCGGCUGCUCGUGGUGCAAGACCCGAGUCGGCGGCUCUCGCUAGACCAGAUCAUGCAGCAUCCGUGGGUGCUCGAGUCGACUUGAAGUUCCCCCUCCCCUCGACCCAAGUCCCCCCCUUCCACACACAACGCCGCCAUAACCAUAGACACCAUUCUAAUCUAAGUCAUCCAUUGUUCGGUAAUAACGUACGGAACGUGGUAGAGG